GGAGAAUUAGAGACAAGCGAUCAGCAGCGCCUGCGAGCCAACAGGAGCCGGAUCGCCGGAACCUCGGAGAAGGAAGAUGUCGAAUGAACUUGAUUUCAGGUCUGUGCGGCUGCUGAAAAAUGACCCCGUGAGCUUCCAGAAGUUUCCCUACAAUAAUGAGGAUGAGGCCUGGAAGACAUACCUGGAGAACCCUUUGACAGCCGCCACCAAGGCCAUAAUGAGAGUCAAUGGGGACGAUGAGAGUGUCGCCGCUCUGAGCUUUCUCUAUGACUACUAUAUGGGUCCCAAGGAGAAGCGGAUACUGUCCUCCAGCACUGGUGGCCGGAAUGACCAAGGAAAGAAGUACUACCACAGCAUGGACUAUGAGCCGGAUCUUGCCCCGCUUGAGAGCCCCACGCACCUCAUGAAAUUUCUGACAGAGAACGUGUCUGGAAGCCCAGACUACACAGACCAGCUCAAGAAGAACAACCUGCUAGGCUUGGAGGGGGCUCUACCCACCUCCGGCAAGACCAGUACCCUGCCCCCAGGUCCAAGUAAGCUGGAAGCCAGCUCCAUGGACAGCUACCUCUUGCCCGCCAGUGACAUGUAUGACAACAGCUCCCUCAACUCGCUAUUUGAGAGCAUUCAUGGUGUCCCACCCACACACGACUUUGAGUACACCCUGGGCUCCCCCAAAGCCAUUCACAUCAAAGCGGGAGAGUCACCCAUGGCCUACCUCAACAAGGGUCAGUUCUACCCGGUCACCCUACGCACCCCAGCGGGAGGAAAAGGCCUCUCUCUGUCCUCCAGCAAAGUCAAGAGCGUGGUGAUGAUUGUGUUCGAUAAUGACAAGGUUCCAGUGGAGCAGCUGCGCUUCUGGAGGCAUUGGCAUUCCCGGCAGCCUACCGCUAAGCAGCGUGUCAUCGACGUAGCCGACUGUAAGGAAAACUUCAACACAGUCCAGCACAUUGAGGAGGUGGCCUAUAACGCACUGUCCUUUGUGUGGAAUGUUAACGAGGAGGCUAAGGUGUUCAUCGGUGUCAACUGUCUGAGCACAGACUUCUCCUCGCAGAAGGGGGUGAAGGGUGUCCCCCUCAACUUGCAAAUUGACACUUAUGACUGUGGAGCAGGCACUGAGCGCCUGGGUGCCGAGAGGAAGAUGCGCGAUGAUGAACGGAAGCAGUUUCGAAGGAAGGUCAAGUGCCCAGACUCCAGUAACAAUGGCAUCAAGGGCUGCCUGCUGUCCGGCUUCAGGGGCAAUGAGACCACAUACUUGAGGCCAGAAGCGGACCUGGAGACCCAGCCUGUGUUGUUCAUCCCCAACCUGCAUUUCUCCAGCCUACAACGCCCAGGAGGGGUUGUCCCCUCAGCAGGACACAGCAGCUCUGACAGGUUGCCUCUGAAGCGUACCUGCUCGCCCUUUGCUGAGGAGUUUGAGCCUCUCCCCUCCAAACAGGCCAAGGAAGAUGACCUUCAGAGAGUUCUACUGUAUGUGAGGAGGGAGACAGAGGAGGUGUUUGACGCACUCAUGUUGAAGACCCCGGACCUGAAGGGGCUGAGGAAUGCGAUCUCUGAGAAGUACGGCUUCCCUGAGGAGAAUAUCUGCAAAGUCUACAAGAAAUGCAAGCGAGGAAUCCUGGUCAACAUGGACAACAACAUCAUCCAGCAUUACAGCAACCACGUGGCCUUCCUGCUGGAAACGGGUGAGCUGAAUGGCAAGAUUCAGAUUAUCCUGAAGGAGCUAUGAGGGCCCAGCCUCAAGCACCCCACACCCAGGGCCGGCUCGAGCCACUUUCAACCUCUUCUGUGUGUCAGCUGUUACUUGAAAUGCCUCUCUCAGGGGGAAGCGCUCUCGUAAGCAACAAACUCAGUGACAUCCGAACCAGGGAGAGACCAAGAAGGUUCCAGGAUCUAAAUGCCCCACCCAGACUUGAACUCACUCCAGAGAGCAAGUACCCAACCCCCCCAGAGACAGGGGCUCUGAUCAGCACAGACCCCGACUGCCUGCUUUCUCUUCUAAGUCUCACCGCAGAGGCCCUCACAGGGGACGGCGGUCACACCGCCCUCUCUGCGGGGCUAUACCAGUUGUCUCGACUGGUUCUGACUCCUCACUCUGCAUCCUCCCGCCAACUUCAGACCAAAGAGUUCUCGCAAUUAACUCGAAAAUGCCUUUAUGAGGUCAUUGGAGAGGAAACUUUCUUAGUGGCUUCCUUGUACAAGAUGUAAGUCGCCGUCGUUGAGCAGAAAGGAACCAACACCCUUGCCGUCUACUGUUGUACACAUUUCUUAUUUACAGUUUUCAUUAUGUGAUAUAUAUAUAUAAGUAUAUAUUAUGUAUAUAUAUGCAACAUUUUGUAUGUUCGUGUUACAUUUUUAUCAUUUCAAAAAUAUGUAUUUCAUAUUCGCUGAACUAUUUUUUUAGCUGUUAUUCGAGUAUGCAUUUUGUAUAUCAUAGGGUUUAGUAAUAAAAGCCUACCUGUGCACACUU